AUUAGAAUGACCACGAUGACAUAAAAUUCUAACUAAAUAGUAGACUUAAUCGAUUUUGACGUAGAUUAAAUUAUUUAAUCUGGAAAACCAAGUGAAACUUAAUAAACAGAUAUUUCAAAUUUUGAGAAAAGCGAAGAUGAUGUUAAGAAUGAGAGUUUCAUUUUCAGAAACAAGCAAUUGGACUAAGAAAUAGAUUAAAUCAAUUCCCAGAUUGAUUAGAUGAUAAAACAUUUAAAUUAAAUGAAAAUUAUGAGUGAAAAGAAAAUAGAAAAUUUUGAUGUGCCUGAAAAUCCAUUAUAAAGAAAUAUGAUGUAAGAAUACAAAUUUAUUUUAGGUAUAUGAGAAAAUUUACAUUCACACGUAUUUAAGCCUUGAUAACUCAAAUGAAAAUUUUCAAAGAAUAAAGAUUUCCAUCUGAUCUAUCAAAAUGUAAAUAUUUUGUAAUAGAAUAGUAUAUGAAAUUGUUGAACCUAAAAUGGGAGAGUUUUAUUAAAAUUACAAUAGCCUAUAUUUUGACAUCAAGAUGUUUAUGGAUAGAUAUAGAUUUUAUAAAAGUGAAGAUAAUGAAAGAGAUACAAAGAUAAUAACGCAGAUUAUAAUUAAUUGA